CCAAAAAAUGAACUCCUUAACAGUCCUCAUUUUCUUCUUAUCAUCUCUCACAAUCUCACUCACCACAACAACCACCACCACCCCUUCAGGCACAAUUCAAAGAACCACCAAACAACAAAUCCUUGCAAGCAUUCCUCCAUCCUCACCAGACAACUCCCAACCCUUCCUCACCUCUCCUUCCGGCAAAUACACAGCCCUCCUUCUCCGGCGAGAGACGGCACCAGCCGCCGGUGGCUUCGGCAAUGACUUUUGCUACAUCCAAGUCCAAGAAACUAGCUCAGGACAAAGCCUCUGGGAAUCUGAAUGUGCUCCUGUAAGCACAGCCAACACCUGCUCUCUUGUUUUCGAUGACAAUGGUCUCGAUGUCUUCGACGGCAGCAAUCCGGUGUGGGACACUGGAGCAGAUAAUGAUUUUUUGGAGACUUUGCAGAUAGUUGAUGAAGGUGACAUGAGAAUUAUUGAUAGAGAUGGUGAGCUUGCAUGGAAGGCUAGUGAUGAUCCUCGUUCAAACCAGGGUUGUGGGUUGCCAGGUUCAGCAGGUUUGGCUCCAGAGUCUCCACCAUUUGCUAAACCUUUGGGUGGAGAUGUUAGUAACCUGCCUUUUGGACAAGGUUCACAACAGGGUGGGGGGAGUGCUAUUCCAAACCCAAGUCUUGGUUUAGGGUUUAAUGGACAACAGGAACAGCAGCAGCAGCAGCAACCAUUGGUGGAUAACACUGCAUUUGAAAGUGGGUGUUCAAGAAGGGUUUUGGGAGGGUUUUUAGGUGUUGGUUUGGGUUUGGUUAUUAUGGUGGUGGUGGUGAUGGUUCAUGGUCAUGUUUAG